AUGUCAUCGAGAAAUCAAAAGGAAGUAAAAAAUUCAACUUCUGUCGUUAAAGAUAAUCGCGAUAAUCAAAACAUAAAUCAUUCCAAUUUUCAAAACCAUCCAAAUGCCAAGCAUCAGCAUUACAAUGGCUGCGGAGGCUCAACAAAAAUCUCGCAUUACAUUCGAAGUCAUAAAAAUUCAUCGUCCUCGUUUAGUAAGAAUUCAACCAAUAGUCAUAGAUCGACAGCCCAACAACAUUAUCAUACGCAUCAAACAACUGUCUUUGGCAAUAAAAUGAAAAAUAAUAUUGGUCAUAAAAUGAGUCAAACGAAGCGCAUUCAAUUGUCUACAGCAGCUAAACGUUGCAAAUCAAUAGAAAAAUCAAACGCUGGCGACAAUAAUUCCAAAGCCAUUAAUCUCGAUAACAUUUGUAAGGCUGAUGAUUAUGUUGAUAAUAAUGAGGAUGACAAUUCUCUACCGCUCGUUAAUGCGCUCUCGCGUCAAAUAAAAGAUGAUUUAAGUGCUAAUAAUAGCACACAAACACAAUCAACGGAAUCGCCAACGCUUGUUAGAGUUAAAAUGUGGCAAACUGAAUCGUGUGUUAUUUUACCCCAUCAUAUGGCGUGA